CCUUAAGUCAGUGAGCAAUGCCAGGGAUCUAACCUGCAACCUCAUGAUUCCUAAUCGGAUUCGUUUUCGCUGCGCCAUGAUGGGAACUCCGCCCUCUCUCUUUUGAGUGGCGGUUCUCCAGGCCGACAAGUGAUCUUAGGCUCAGGGCUAAUGGUCCAGGAUGCCCUGCGCUGGCUGGUCUGAGGAGGAGCAUAAAUGGCGUCUUCAUCUUCUUGGGCCUGGUCUUCAACUGGCAUCUGUGAAGACGUGGGCAAAAUGAAGUAAAAUCUUCUCAGCAGCUCUAGGAAGGCCAAGCCACACCUUGAAGGUUCUGGAUCUUUCUCAGCUUGGACAGGAACAUGACAUCUGAGUUUCUCGAGGUGAGGUGGAAGUGACACAGGAGGCGAGAAUGGUCACAGGAGUCAGAAGGAAACUAACUGUGCUGGGCAAGGGGCCUGUGAGAAGCCCAGGGCUCUGAGCUACUAUCAGCCUCUCCCUCUCUCUCCCCUGUCCCUCUCCUUCUCUCCCUCCCUCUUUUUCUUUCUCCUUUGUGGCCAAGGUAAGGACACCUUUCGCACAAGGAAGCCCCAUGGCACCCACCCUCUGACCUGGCCUGUUGUCCCCAGCCCCCACCACAUGGCCCCAGGCUCUUUUUCCUCAAACUUCAACUUCUAGAAUUAGAAACCAGAAUCUUCCCCCACACACACUUUUUUAAAAUUUUAUUUUAUUUUAACCUUAAAGCUGCCUUCUGGGGAGAUGAUGUAAGGAGAAUGCCCUUAUCUUGAUUUCAGCCGGUGGAGAUGACCAGCUUCCUCUGAGGAAGACUUUGUGACUGUGGACUCCAGACUCAGGGCGUAGCAGAGUGCUCCCUGCCGUCAUCAAUUUCCUAGCAACUGACUGCGGGUGUACCUGCACUCCCGAUAAUGAAGGGGAACUGAAGGCUGCCCUUUCCCUCUUCGCCUUCUCCUCCAGGGCACGCAGUGGUGCCAGCCCUUCCUUGAUGGCCCUUGGGGCAGCAGCUCACAGCUGUUCCUCGAUGAGGAAUAGACUCAGAGGCGCUUCUCCUUGAAUCUCUCGUCACUGGCAGUUUUCACCUUCUUGGGAACAGGUGGAAGACCCAGGUAUAAACGCUUACAGUUUAACUGUAAACACCUGUUGACAGAGCCCUGCGUUGGCUGAACAGUCUUCUCCCUGGCUUUGGUGGCCUGCCCUGGAGAGCUCCGUUUUGCUGCCGACAUGCCUACCCAGCUGGAGAUUGCCAUGGACAUCAUGAUAAGAACCUUCCACCGCUACUCCUGCAAGGAAGGGGACAGGUUCAAGCUCAACAAGGGGGAACUGAAAAUGCUCCUACAGCGAGAGCUCACGGAUUUCCUCUCGUGCCAAAAGGACCCUGAGUUGGUUGAUAAGAUAAUGCAGGACCUGGAUGCCAAUAAGGACAACGAAGUGGAUUUUAAUGAGUUCGUGGUCAUGGUGGCAGCUCUGACGGUGGCUUGUAACGAUUACUUUGUAGAACAAUUGAAGAAGAAAGGAAAGUAGAGACAAGUAGUAAACUAAGCUAAAGGCAGAAAUAAUCCACAGUUAUUUACUUACUGUUUAUCUAUACCCUCCAGAUCCAUGGUCAUAGAUAGUAAUGCCAUUUAUGGAUGUAAUAUAUAUAUAAUUAGUUGCUAGUAUUAUUAAAUGAGGCAUACCUUAAUACAUUGACUUUAAAUAAAUACUCUAAGUCUUAUAUGCCCUACUUAAAAUUUUCAUAUAUAUAAAAAUUUGUAUCUUUUUUUUUUUAGGUCCACACCCAUGGCAUAUGGAGUUUCUCAGUCUAGGAGUCCAAUCAGAGCUGCAGCAGCUGGCCUACGCCACAGCCACAGCAAUGCGGAAUCUGAGCCAGGUCUGUGACCUACACCACAGCUCAUGGCAACACCAGGGAUUGAACCCACAUCCUCAUGGAUACUAGUCAGGUUGGUUACCACUGAGAACUCUAAUGUAUUUGCAGUAUAGUUGGUUCACAAUGUUGUGUCAGUUUCAGGUGUACAACAAAGUGACUCAGUUUUAUAUAUAUUUGUCAGAUGUUUUUCUAUCAUAGGUUAUUACAAGAUAUUGAAUAUAGUUCCCUGUGCUAUGCAGUGGGUCCUUGUUUAUUUUCUACGUAGAAGUGUGUAUCUGUUAAUAUCAGUUAAAGAUGUUGUAUGCUUUUUUUUUUGUCUGUCAAAGAGAGGAGCAUCGCAAAAAUGUAGCUACUUUCAGAUGGGACUAGAGCUUAGCAAAUUUCUCAGGCAGGCAUUGAUCAUCCCUAAAUUGCAUUUUGAACUUACUCUUUAAAAGAAAUAAAGUGACUCUUGUAUCGUCUUGCGAUUCUGCUUUACAUGGAAGAACCUGUGAGGGUCUGUAAGCAGAAAGGCUGAUAAAUAGAAGAAAGUGCUGGCUUUUGCAGUGAAUUAGAUCAGGGAAGGGUUAGGUACAGGGCCAGGUGCCCAAGCCAAGAGACUGAGACCAGCAACCCUUGGGGUCUGGUGUAUAAAUACCUCCUGGCCCCUGGAGUCAGGUAAUUGUGCCACAGGUAUCUUACACCAUUUUCCAGGGCAUCCCCUGGGCUGAGCUUCCAUCACCCCUGUGGAGGAGGGCCUGGUCUUCGGAUCUUCUCCAGGCUACUCCCCUUCCUGGACUCCCUGUGUAGUCCUGCCCUUGUGUCCUGCACCUCUCAAAUAAACUGUUUGUUUUAGGGUCUGCUGUGGAUCCUUUGGAGACAAAAGAAAGAGAAUGGUGUGGAUAUGUUUAUGCUUUUAAUUGCUUAUCCCAGCUACCACGUAAAGGAGGGGGUCGAGAGAGGGCAGAGAAGGAAAAGAGUGACCCGUGGGGGGCUGUGUGCUGUGGUCUGAGUGUGAGAUGAUGGCAUCUCCCGCCAGGAUCUGAGCAAUGGAGAUGAAGAGAAGCAGUGGAGUUUGCCAGGUCUUCUGGAGGUGGGAGUGACAGACUUGCAGAGGGAUUGCUAUGAAGCAUAGGAAAAGAGGGCUGACUAGGACGAUAGAGCCCACACUGCUAUUGUCCAUGUGGUAUUCAUUCUAUCUUUUCUCCAUUUAUCAGAGCCCUAGUUUGGGCAGCGUGGCAAUGUGCUCAGCUAAAAAGCCAUAUUUCCCAGGCUCUCUUGCAUCUUGGGUGGAGAUGGUAAUUCAGUUCUGGAUGAUGAGAGAUAAGCAGACGUCUACUAGGCAUUUCUGGGAAUGUUUUGCUAUUUUCUUUUUAAAAAAUUUUUGGUUUUUUUGCCGUAAAAAGGCCGCACCCUCAGCAUAUGGAAGUUCCCAGGGGAGAGGUUGAAUGCGAGCUACAGCUG